AUGGGAAGUAAGAAUCAAUUUGAAAUUUAUUAGAUCUUUGUGGACAAGAAAGGCAAGAGCCAACACAGAUAAUGCAAUCAAAAGUCAAAUUAGAUAGAAGCUUUGGAAAUCUGAGAAUUCAAGUAAUUUAGGGAGAAGUUUUAUCAGAAAAGGCAAAUGCUUUUUGUAAAAUAUUAUAAUUAUAUUAAAGUGAAUGCUGCAAAUGAUCCAUAUAAUACCCAAUUGAUUAAGAAGAUAAAAGAAAUCAAAAAAUAACCAUGUAUUAAGUUUUCUAUAUUAUAGUAAAAAAUGGAGUUCCCUAAUUAAUCAAGUUUGACCAAAACAAUAUUGAUUACAUCAUGAUGCUUAAAUUAUGUGAAGACUAUGUAAGAUAAAUUAUUUGAUAUCUAGGAUGAUGAUUUCAACAAUUAAAGAAAAGAAGCUUUUCUAGCUUCCUUUUAGUUGGCAAAUUAGAAAAACCUUAAAAUUAUCUCCUUUACAGAUCCUCCUUAAUAACUCACUUAAAAAACUGAAGAUAAUUAUUAUAUUGAAUUAUUUUUAUCAUCAUUAUAGAAGCAUAAAAGAAUAUAAUAGAAUAGUAAAAUUGAAUAAAUCAAAUUGAUAAGCUUAGAUAUGAAGCUUUCGAAUAUAUAUUGUUAAGCUAUCUAAUUAUAUGUUGAAAAGCUUAAGAAUGAUAAAUAGGAAGAGGAUGAUUAACCCAAAUUAAUAUAAUAAUAAGAUAUAUAAACUGAUUAAUCCUAGGAAACAGAUUAGUAAGAAAAAUAGUUUGAUGAAUAGAUGGAGGUACAAAUUAGUGCUGAGUAACAGAAUAUAAAAAGAAAUGAAAAUACAUUGAAAGAGGAAGUAGAAAAUGUCUAAAAAUAAAUAAACCUUUAAGUUGAAUAGGAAAAAUAAUAAAAUAAUACAAAUAAUUCAGAAUCUUAUAAAGUACUAUAAGAAAACGAAAAAUAAUCCGAUUAAGUUGAUGUUCAAUCUAGCCCUUAAGAGAAAGUUGGGGAAGUAAUACAAGAAAUUAAAUAAGAGGUACAUGAAAUCAAAUAGGAGGUUCAUUCAAAGAAUGAAUAACAUGAAAAUACUUAAAUCCAAGAAUCUAAUUAACAAGAAUAAUAAAAUUAAGAAUAAGUUGCUGAAGGUCAUUCUAGCAAGUUAGAGAAAGUUGAAGAAAUAGUACACUAAGUAUAAUAGGAGAUUCAUGAAAUCAAAUAAGAAGUACAUGAAACCACUGAAUAACAUGAAAAUACUGAAAACCAAGAAUCUAAUUAACAAGAAUAAUAAAAUUAAGAAUAGGUUGCUGAAGGUCAUUCUAGCAAGUUAGAGAAAGUCGAAGAAAUAGUACACUAAGUAUAAUAGGAGAUUCAUGAAAUCAAAUAAGAAGUACAUGAAACCACUGAAUAACAUGAAAAUACUGAAAACCAAGAAUCUAAUUAACAAGAAUAAUAAAAUUAAGAAUAGGUUGCUGAAGGUCAUUCUAGCAAGUUAGAGAAAGUCGAAGAAAUAGUACACUAAGUAUAAUAGGAGAUUCAUGAAAUCAAAUAAGAAGUACAUGAAACCACUGAAUAACAUGAAAAUACUGAAAACCAAGAAUCUAAUUAACAAGAAUAAUAAAAUUAAGAAUAGGUUGCUGAAGGUCAUUCUAGCAAGUUAGAGAAAGUCGAAGAAAUAGUACACUAAGUAUAAUAGGAGAUUCAUGAAAUCAAAUAAGAAGUACAUGAAACCACUGAAUAACAUGAAAAUACUGAAAACCAAGAAUCUAAUUAACAAGAAUAAUAAAAUUAAGAAUAGGUUGCUGAAGGUCAUUCUAGCAAGUUAGAGAAAGUCGAAGAAAUAGUACACUAAGUAUAAUAGGAGAUUCAUGAAAUCAAAUAAGAAGUACAUGAAACCACUGAAUAACAUGAAAAUACUGAAAACCAAGAAUCUAAUUAACAAGAAUAAUAAAAUUAAGAAUAAGUUGCUGAAGGUCAUUCUAGCAAGUUAGAGAAAGUCGAAGAAAUAGUACACUAAGUAUAAUAGGAGAUUCAUGAAAUCAAAUAAGAAGUACAUGAAACCACUGAAUAACAUGAAAAUACUGAAAACCAAGAAUCUAAUUAACAAGAAUAAUAAAAUUAAGAAUAAGUUGCUGAAGGUCAUUCUAGCAAGUUAGAGAAAGUUGAAGAAAUAGUACACUAAGUAUAAUAGGAGAUUCAUGAAAUCAAAUAAGAAGUACAUGAAACCACUGAAUAACAUGAAAAUACUGAAAACCAAGAAUCUAAUUAACAAGAAUAAUAAAAUUAAGAAUAAGUUGCUGAAGGUCAUUCUAGCAAGUUAGAGAAAGUUGAAGAAAUAGUACACUAAGUAUAAUAGGAGAUUCAUGAAAUCAAAUAAGAAGUACAUGAAACCACUGAAUAACAUGAAAAUACUGAAAACCAAGAAUCUAAUUAACAAGAAUAAUAAAAUUAAGAAUAAGUUGCUGAAGGUCAUUCUAGCAAGUUAGAGAAAGUUGAAGAAAUAGUACACUAAGUAUAAUAGGAGAUUCAUGAAAUCAAAUAAGAAGUACAUGAAACCACUGAAUAACAUGAAAAUACUGAAAACCAAGAAUCUAAUUAACAAGAAUAAUAAAAUUAAGAAUAAGUUGCUGAAGGUCAUUCUAGCAAGUUAGAGAAAGUUGAAGAAAUAGUACACUAAGUAUAAUAGGAGAUUCAUGAAAUCAAAUAAGAAGUACAUGAAACCAAUGAAUAACAUGAAAAUACUGAAAACCAAGAAUCUAAUUAACAAGAAUAAUAAAAUUAAGAAUAAGUUGCUGAAGUUCAUUCUAGCAUUUAAGAGAAAGCCGAAGAAAUAGUACACUAAAUUAAAUAAGAGGCUAAUGAAUAUAAUGAUUAACAUAACAAUGAUCAAAAUAUAGACCAUGACUCUAUCACAGAUCUAUAAAAAUGA